CCGAGGACGAGCGAACAAGAACAACAACCCAGAUCCCAAGUCACUUUCCAACCCGAUCGUCCAACCGCCCGAAAGAUACUACUAGGCCUACAACAUGCGUCUCGUAUGGAAACAACUCCCUCUGGCUUCUAACAACCCCACCGCCCAGAAAGCCUUGAAACGAUCGUCCAACAAUCUCGCCGUCGUAGGGAACAAGGCGUACGUCUACGGAGGAGAGGCUAAACCGAGGGAACCGGUGGAUGACGAGCUUUGGGUCGUCGACCUGGACACUAAUUCAGAACUUUGGGUACUUGUCUGCCGAACAGCCGGGGAUGUCCAAACAGCUUCAACGAAACUCAGACCGUCCGCCCGGGUCGGAUCAGCCCUCACAGCUUCAGGCCCGAAGUUGUUCCUCUGGGGAGGCAGGGAGUCGAAAGAGAUGACAGCUUGUAACGCCGACCUCUGGGUAUACGAUACCGCCGCUACCGAGGCUGGUUGGGAGUGUCGUACUGUCACCAAUGACAACAAGGAUAAGGACGUCGAGGGCGCGGGCGGCUGCAAGAGUGUUGAAGAGAGGAGUUAUCACGCCAUGGCCGUCUCAGGCGAUAUGCUAUACAUCCACGCCGGGUGUCCUGCCGUAGGCCGAUCCGCCAACCUAGACUCGUUGCCCAUCACCUCGAACUCGACCUCGAUCACGACCUCGUCUCUCGAGUGGAACAACCACCCUACCGCCCCCGGACCCGGUCGAGGAGGUACCGUCCUCUGCCCCCUCAACCUCGACGACAAGGAGGUGCUCGUCCGGUACGGCGGGUUCGCCGGACACGAACUCGGUUCUCAGCUCGACAUCUUCCAUGUCGACAUCGACGAAUGGACCUCGAUCGGGAUGCCGAACAGGGAGGGAGAAGAGGGGCAUCCUUUAGCUCGGAGCGUGCACGCUUUGGUACCCGUCACCUCGCCCGUCCAGAUUGCGGGUGGACAAGGGAAGAAGAUCCUCGCGCUGAUGUUGUUCGGAGAACGAGGACCCGCCCCAGCUCACUUGGGUCACGCCGGUGCAGGACAAUUCCAUCAAGACGCCUGGGCCCUGAUUCGUCGGGACGACCUCGUCUCAAAGGAGAACCCAUUCGGACUCGGGUUCGAAGAGCUUGAACAGACGGGUGAGGGGGAUGCAGAAAAGGUUCCCCUGGCAAGAGGCUGGUUCGCAGCUGGGUGGAGCGAGGUGGAGGGUCAGGGCGGCAAGGUCGUUGUCCAUGGCGGAUUGAACGAUCAGAACGAGAGGUUGGGGGAUUGUUGGGUCGGGCGAAUUGAGGUGUAGGCUUUUCGGCAAGGGCGUGUCGGAUCCAGAAGACGGUGUCUGUCAAACGAAUCAAGAUGAAGAAGAACACGCGAUACCGUAUAGGAUCAUGCCGCAAUAGUACGGUCCUACGGAUCACAUCAGAAUAUGUCGUCAGAUAGCGACAUCCAGACUCGCUCCUCACAGAAGCAAUCCAACAUGCCAGCUUGUUACAGCGACUCGGGCCGUUA